AUGACAUUUGUUCCGGUGUCCUUCGCAGUGGCGCCUACGGAGAAGGCUGAGCACGUCCAGCAGCUUUUGCAAGACACGGAUGCCUUCCUGGAGUCAGAGUCUCUGCCCAGCAUCGCCAAUCUGUUCACACAUGGGCAAGCCCAACUUCACAUGGACGGCGGCCCCGCGCUGCUCAAAGCCGCGCGUGAUCACCUCGGCGAAGACAAGAGAGCACGUGAAACGGAACAUCGCCAAAGAGAAAGAUUGUGGGAUGCUCCCUGGCGCGGCAAGGGGUACAGCCUCAACGCACUCGACUCUUUCUGGUCGGUCAUUGACCAAAUGGUGGCCGAGGAGGGGAACAUGAGCUUUGUGACCUCUUCAAAACUUAUGUGUUGCACGAAGAUCUUUUGGAAUGAAGAUGUUUGGAGCGAGCUACUGUUGCAGAAAGAACAGUUGUGGACAGCACGGCUUCUGGGCAUUGCUGGAGCAAACACGACGGCUUACAACUCCGGCGGAAAGAAAGUGCGUCGUUUCACGGCAAAAGGAUUGGAGAGACUGGAAGAGGCAAAAGUUCCUGUCGGCACGGAGGUGGAGACUGACAUUGGCACUGUGUAUGUUUACUGCAAGUAUGAGCCCGCCUCCUACAAUGAGGAGCGGACGCGCGCUCUCGCCUGGGUGAUUACAUCUGCUGUCGAAGCGAAGGUGCGACAAGGCCUCCAGGACCUGUCAGUGUACGACGCUGGCCGCCGGGCGGCGGCAAGCCCCGGGGCCGGGGUAGGCCGCGCACUGGUCGAAGUGAAGCCGGGCCUCGGGCCCGUGGUCGUGGCCGAAGACAUGGUCCAGGAGCUGGAAGAUCGUGCAAGUAGCGAGCCUGAUGAGGUGGUUAUGUAUGACUUGCACUUUAUGGACCCUUUUCAGCCGGUUCCCGAGGACCAGCAGAUCCCUAGGGCAAUUGCUCAUACCCAGGACGACAUCGAGGAAGGGUCAACUUUGAAUGUGCGCAUCAUCUACAAGUGCAACGAAGCCGCGCAACCAGUGCUCGGAAGCCUGGAUCCUAUCAACACCAUUCGUGUGCUGGACACGCAGGCGUCACUGGGAUCGCAGCUGGCGCUUCUGUUUGCAAGUUUUGGAGUGCCUGCAGAAGCGAUUCAGGAUGAUUACAUGCUGAAGGCAGUGAUGUUCCAAGCAAGCGGCACGUUCCAGAGCCUACCAGUGCAAGCACAAGAUCCUGUAGCGGAAAUCUUGAAGAUAUCCAAUACCAUUUUGUUGUUUCGCCGCGGCGGUUAG